AUAGAUUGAGUUGGAAAUACUAAAUUUUCAUAAUCGGAUUCCCAUAGAGUUCUUUUCCGAAUGUAAACGAAAGAGAAGGUUGUGUUUUUUUUAGUCCGUUUCGGAAGAAAAGAAAAAUGGAGGAGAUUGGUUUACAGCCACAAGACAAGGAGGAUUCAGUGUUGGUGGAGUCCCGUCCAGGGACAUCCCAGACUAUGACCCAUCUGGAUCCUCUAGGUUCAGACAUGGAGGAUCUAUAUGUCAAAUAUAAAAAACUGCAGAGACAGUUAGAAUUCCUUGAAGUGCAGGAGGAGUAUAUUAAAGAUGAACAGAAGAAUCUAAAGAAAGAGUACCUGCAUGCCCAGGAGGAGGUGAAGAGAAUUCAGAGUGUCCCCCUGGUCAUUGGACAGUUCCUGGAGGCAGUGGACCAAAACACUGGGAUUGUUGGCUCUACCACAGGUUCUAAUUACUAUGUGAGAAUUCUGUCUACUAUUGACCGAGAGUUGCUGAAACCAUCUGCCAGUGUAGCACUCCAUAAACACAGCAAUGCUUUGGUAGAUGUCUUACCUCCUGAAGCUGAUAGUAGCAUUACAAUGUUACAAGCAGACGAGAAACCUGAUGUUCAGUAUGCGGACAUUGGAGGAAUGGAUAUUCAAAAGCAAGAAGUCCGAGAAGCAGUAGAGCUUCCCCUAACCCACUUUGACCUUUAUAAACAAAUUGGUAUAGACCCACCCAGGGGAGUUCUUAUGUAUGGUCCACCUGGCUGUGGCAAAACUAUGUUAGCCAAAGCUGUAGCUCAUCACACAACAGCUGCAUUUAUUAGAGUUGUUGGUUCAGAGUUUGUCCAGAAAUACUUAGGCGAAGGUCCUCGUAUGGUCAGAGAUGUUUUCAGAUUAGCCAAAGAAAAUGCCCCUGCAAUUAUAUUUAUAGAUGAAAUUGACGCCAUAGCAACAAAAAGAUUUGAUGCACAGACUGGAGCUGACAGAGAAGUGCAAAGAAUUUUAUUAGAGCUACUCAACCAGAUGGAUGGUUUUGAUCAGACUGUCAAUGUUAAGGUCAUAAUGGCAACAAAUCGAGCAGACACUUUAGAUCCUGCACUCUUAAGACCUGGACGUCUUGACCGGAAAAUUGAGUUUCCUAUCCCUGAUCGACGACAGAAGCGCCUGAUCUUCUCCACAAUCACCAGUAAAAUGAACGUCAGCGAGGAAGUGGAUCUUGAGGACUAUGUGGCCAGACCUGACAAAAUCAGUGGUGCUGAUAUCAAUGCCAUCUGUCAGGAGGCUGGUAUGCAGGCUGUGAGAGAAAACAGAUAUAUUGUACUGGCAAAAGACUUUGAAAAGGGUUACAAAAACAAUAUCAAGAAGGAUGAAACAGAACAUGAGUUUUAUAAAUGAUUUUUGUUUUGUGACUAUAAGAAGCUAAUUGACUUGAAUGAAGCAGAUGUAACUUUACACUAUAUUCUCAAAGUUAUACAUUUUGAAUUUUCUUGAGGUUUUUAUCACUAGAACAUUAUAUUGUAUCAUAGUUGUGAUAUUUUCCUCCAAAAUCGCUUAUACAAUAAAUCUAGUUCAAAUUCAAGGGGGGUGGAGCAUAGGUGUGCAAUAAGCAACAGGAACGGAUCCAAGAACUAUUUAAAGUGGGGAAUUGUAUCUUUUACACCCAGAAAGUAUGGUUGCAUUCCCCAAAAUGACUGUUUAUUCACCAUUUAGAAAGUUGUCACACUGGCUUUGGCCAGCUUCAUUCAUUGCUUAUUAAAGAAAUGUGAAACCACCCAAAA